AUGUUCCUUCCCAAAUCCCAUGACAACAAUUCUUUCCAGCCAUCAGCAUCCCUGCUGAUUGGCAUUCCAGGACUGGAAGUUGUGCAUGGAUGGGUUUCUAUCCCCUUCUGUUUCAUGUAUACUAUGGCUCUCAUAGGCAACCACUUGAUCCUGGGAGCUAUGAGGACUCCCAGUCUGCACCAGUCCAUGUAUUAUUUCCUUUACAUGCUGUCUCUUACUGACUUGGGAUUUGUUUUGUGCACACUUCCCACCACCUUGUCUGUGCUCUGGUUUAACUAUAACCACAUAACUUUUGAUACCUGCUUGGUUCAGAUGAUUUUCCUCCAUACUUUCUCUGUUAUUUUAUCUUCAGUGCUUCUGGCUAUCUCCUUUGACCGCUUUGUGGCCAUCUCUAAUCCCCUGAGGUAUGCAUCUGUCCUUACCAACAGUGUCAUUGGCAGGAUUGGAAUGGCUAUUGUGACCCAUGCCACUGUUUCUCUCUUCCCUGUGCCUUUCCUACUGAAGAGGCUGAACUUCUGUCCUGAAAAAGUCCAGCUUUCACAUUCAUUCUGUUUCCAUGCUGACAAGGUGAAGAUGGCCUGUGCUGACAUCACUGUCAUCAUCCUAUAUGGGCUCUAUGUGGUUCUGUCCACAGGAUUUGUGGAUUCCUUCCUAAUUGCCCUCUCCUAUGGACUCAUGUUAUAUACUGUGAUGGGUUUGGCUUCUCCUAGAGAAUGGGUCUGGGCCCUCAACACUUGUGUGUCCCAUAGUCUAGCUUUUCUGAUCUUCUGUGUCCCAGUCAUUGGAGUGUCUAUUGUCCACCGCUUUCGUAGGCUUGCACCCCCAAUUGCACAUGCCCUUGUUGCCUAUGUCUAUUUGUUUCUUCUCCUAUGCUCAACCCUAUCAUCUAUAUUGUCAAAUCCAAGCAUAUCGAGGAGGCAUUGA